CAACAGAAAUGAGAAACAGCUGCGGAAGAACGGGCAAGAGCGGGUCCUGCAGUGCAGCAGGGUCUUGAUUUGUCGAUCAAUUGUAGACAUGUGUGGGAUUGUAGUCGGUUAAUUUAAACAUAUGACAAAUAUUUAAUUUCUCUAUCUUUACGCAGGAUUUAUUUCGUGAAAAUAAUUUCUUCUAGACAUUGAUGAGAUUUUAGAUCAGAGAAAAAUAAUCAUGGAACGUGGAAAGACUGGGAUUGGUAGAGCAGCAAAAAAUAAAAUUGCUCAGCAUCCUUCCGACUUUUUCGUAUUGGGAGCAAAGAGUUCACGAAACGAUAAUUCUGAUUCUAAAAGCCGACCAGGUGUUAUCCAUUCCAAACCAAGCGGCAGCUCUACAUCCUCUGGUAAUGAUCGGAAGAAGGAGGCUCCGUCUGGAUCGUCAUUCAUGUACGUUCCACAGAAGAAACCUAAGUUAGCUCAUGUCGGCUCUCAUCAACGACAGCCUUCUUCCACCGCGGAAGCAUGGGAAGUUUUAGUUAUAGACACCGAUCCUGCAGACUUUGUGCCUAUGGCACUUGAGGCUAAUGACAAUGACGAAGGCGACAAAGUUAUCGGGAUAAUAUGUGGCGCUAUUAAGACGCUGAAGAAUCAGAGAUGGAAGCCUGAUACGUUACUUUAUAUGGGCUUGUUGUAUCUAGCCAAAAUCCGCCCAUCCAUUUUCUCAAAUGAUUGCAUCCUACACGCAUUAUCGUCCCUCCUAAGGAGGGAUCAAAAUAAUCAAAAUAGCUAUAAGAGUAAAGUGAGUCCAUUGGUUCCUGUACUCGCUGCGAAUCUCUUGAUGAAAGGUUUUCACGACAAGAAGAACUGGCCGGAAGUAUUUGUGAAGCUGUACGUCGAGGAUGCUCUUGGAGAGCGUGUAUGGGUUGACCACGAAGAAUGCAAGGGCUUUGUCGACAACAUAUUAACGGGUUUUAAUACGAGACAUCCACCCAGGUCUGUGUUACAGCCAGAAUUCCCGGUACUAAUGCAGCGGGAUUGUCCAAGCCCAUCUGUAGUGGAUGAUGAGGAUCCGGCGACAUCAACGACAUCGUUGUCUGGGGAUAAGGAGAAAAUAGAGUUUCCAGUAGGCCCACGGUACGCCCAUUGCGUGGAGAAUAUAGAAUCCAUAGUACUGGAAGCUGUAAAGGAGCAACUAAACAGACGUCAGGUUGAGACUAUAACGAGAAAUUUCUUGAAGCUGCUCUCCUCAGCAUGUGGGUUGGUUGAAAUUAGAAACAUCGUUGUCCCGAGACUAGAGGUGUGGUUGCACAAUCCUAAAUUGAUGAGACCCGCGCAGGAACUGCUCAUUUACAUUUGUUACAAUUGUACGUCUCAUACUCAAAGAGACGUCGAGGUCAUAAGCCAACUGGUUAAGAUGAGAUUGAAAACGAAAGCUGUGAUCAAUCUGUACUUGAACGGCGUCAAAGAAUUGAUCGGAUUGCAUCCCGAGAAUUUAGCUACCAUAUUGAAGCACACGAUUUACAAUGAAUUAUCGAAUGCGCGCAAUCCAAAUAAUAUGCCCAUGCUGGGUAUAAUGUUCCAGACCUUGCCCGAGCAAGCGGCAAAAUUGCUCGCGGAGAUCUUUAAAGAUUUAUUGAUGAAUCGCGAGGAUUAUUUGAGGCCAUUACGCGCAUUGCUCAGGGAAAUUGUACGCGUAUGUCGGCACGAUAUCAAUCUGAUCGCUUUCAUUCGAACGUUAAUGUCCCAACGACCGGACAUAGCUCAAAAGUUGCUGACAUUUGAAUUUAAGGAUCGUAUGUUUAUGUCGAUAGUGGAUUUACUGUGUCUGUGCAUGCUUCUGGCGAUAAGUCCGCAGGUAAAAGAAGCGGGGACACUAUCGCAACGUGCAGAUAAAAAAGACGUAGCUCUGCUACAUCAAUUUCAAAAUCUCGUAGCCAUGAUACAGGACGAGACUGUGCUAUGGCUAGAGGAUUCGGCGCAGCAGAUGUACGCCGUUGGACGAAACGAACUGUUGCACGCAAUGCACAAGAUCUUGCUCUUGGAGUCUCCCGAACAUUAUUAUAAACUGGACAAUUGGCCACCAGAGUCGGACAGAGUGUUCUACAUACGACUUGUAUCCGAUGUUCCCCUGUUGCAAAAUACGUUGUUGAUAUUGCUAAAUAUCGGUUUAUCGAAGGACAACGGCAUUACUCAUUCGGAAACUUUGGAUUUGGCUGAUCAAUUGAUACGGCGAGCAGCGGCCAAUUCAACGGAGAGUUUCCCGAUGUUACAAAUCGACAAAAUGGAUAUAAUCAAACUUAUUUUUGAGCUUAGCAUUUAUCAACCACCGGGAACAAUAAACAUACCUGCUGGAUACAGGCCACCAACAUUGGCGAUAGCUAAUCUCUAUUGGAAAGGAUGGAUAAUGUUAUUAAUUUUGGCUGCGCAUAAUCCGUCCACAAUUGGUGCACUAGGAUGGAGGGAAUAUUCUAUAUUGAGGACACUGAUGGAAAUGUGUAUUACAAAUCAUUUCUCGUAUCCGCCGCCCACUAUGGCCCUACCGGAGAUCAUAGAACAAGAACGUGCGAAGGAACUGCAGGUUGAAGCUAUCGAGAAACAAGAGAUAUUGGAGUACGAAUCGCAUUUGGCCGCAGCGUCGACUAGAAUCCAGCUAUCCGAACAAAAUAGUUUCCUGCUGUCGCAGUUGAUUACCAUGGCACCGACGGGAAUUGCUAGAAGACCACCGCCAGCCGUGCUCGAACAGAUACAGUCGUUGAAUACGUCUCACAGACUAGGCCAUCUGCUUUGUCGAUCACGUAAACCGGACUUCCUGUUGGAUAUCAUUCAGAGACAACAACAGAGCACAUCGCAGAGUAUGCCCUGGUUGGCAGACCUGGUGCAGAACAGCGAAGGUUCUCUGAGUCAAUUACCAGUGCAGUGCCUUUGCGAAUACUUGUUGUCAACCAGCCCACAGACAGUUGAAAAACAGCCCAGGCAGAAACAGUUGUUGGCUCACCUUCAGACACUGCUAACCGAUCCGAAUCAAGAUCAACAGCACGCUUUUGAGGUCUUGGAAUAUUUCUUAAGGAGAUUGAGCAGCCAGCAGAGUGGUAGCCGCGUCCAAGCGAUCACUGGACUUAAGAUGGUUCUAGAUUCGAUACCCCUUGAGGAUGAGAGUAUGGACGUGGAUGGAGAAAACGAAAAGGAGACCUGGCUUCUCCGAAAAUUGCCGUCGAUACCACACUUCUUAUCUGUACGUUCACUGGUUUCCACAGCACUACGUGGCGCUUGUCAGGUUGAGAACAGUCCGGAUCUUGUACAUACUUAUAUAUCGUAUCUGGCUGUGCAUACCGCCGACGAUGAUUUGCCCGACUUGACUGAUUUAGCCAACGAGAUCUCUCAAUUGGUCGUUGAACGUAGCACCAUUAUCGCAGCCAUUCUGCCUCAACCGGAAAGUGAUAAUCUGCAAGCCAAACAAACAUUGCACUCCUUCAUGGCAAUCUUCUGUAACUAUCUUGAGAAAGCUCGAUCGCCUAGGGGGGAAGGUUACCAAUGGUCUGAAAGUCAAGAUCAGAUUCUAGUUCAGUGGAGCAACGGCGAGGAGUGCACUAUGCACAUCUUGGUGGUGCAUGCUAUGAUUAUAUUAUUGACAUACGAUACGUCCGAGGAUGAUCCGUUGUUCAACAGUUUGCUGGAAACAUGGUUUCCCUUAACGGAACCACCAAAGGCCUUUCUCGUGGACACUAGCGAGGAAGCGUUGCUUAUACCUGAUUGGCUCAAGUUACGAAUGAUCAGAAGUAACGUGCCUCGUUUAGUCGACGCAGCUUUAAAGGAUCUUGAACCUCAGCAAUUGGUACUUUUUAUCCAAAGUUUUGGGAUACCGGUAUCGUCAAUGAGUAAGUUGCUUCAUACGCUUGACGCAGGUGUCCAGAUCGAUCCAAGUUCAGUUGGUGAAGCGGUUUUGGAUAAAACAUACAUGGCACAACUAGUCGAGGUGCAACACCGAAGGGGUGCCACAGGUGGACUGGUGUUCGUUCAAGUAUUGCAGUUGAUCGAACCGCAAUUGCCAGACGAGAGCAUUAUGUCGAUCGGGAGACUGCAGCAGCCAUUGCCAGUCAGUGCCACGGUGCAAAAGCAGUCCGUCAUACAAUGCUCCGUGAAGACCGACGUGCCCCACUUGAUAAACCGGAUCUUCAUCGAGAGUAUUCCGAUUAAUCAGAAAAUGGAUGCUUAUCGGCGUUUGCACAAGACCCUGGCGAAGGAUCUGCAGAGAUCGUGCGUAAAGGAGAGCGGCGCGGUUGUGCUGGCGAUACAGCACAUAUGUAGCGUUCUCAGCUCUAUGCAAGUCAAGCAGUUCCUGGCCUCGCUUGUGCAUAUGCCGCAGUAUUCUUGCACGUUGAUGCGCGUGAUACUUUUGCCGCUUAAGAAGCCGUUGACAUCGAAGCACGUGAUCGAACUGGCGCGUAAUAUGUGUCUGAAUUUGAUAUCACUGAUAGGCGACGUAAAAGCACCGGUUCUGUCAAUCCUGCGGGAUUUCGCUAACGUGCAGCUGACGAAAACACCGCAACGCGCGGAACUGUCGAUGCUAAUGCAGAGCCGUGGCGAGAGCCCUGGCUCGAUUCUGGAGGGCACGGAUCCUGUGAAUCUGGAACGUGUGGGCCGAAGAUUGCUGGAUCUCUGUCUGAAGCAACAAAAAAACGACGUCCUAGUCGAGGCUAUGGCAAGAUUAUUGGUCAGCGAUAGUAACGAAGGCGCAUUGAAACCUCGCACAGGUUUGCUGAUCGAUUGGCUGGCCUCCGUGGAACCCGAGCUGAUCGGCACUUGUCCGAAUCUCCAAAUGAAGCUGCUAUUCGGAAAGACGAAGGUGCACAUUAACAUUGACAAGAAUGUCGUGAGCUCGCAUUCCUGUAGACCUUACUUGUUAACGCUCUUGACGCAUCGAGCAAGUUGGACCACUUUGUAUAAAUGUGUCGGGCACUUGUUAGACAAAUGUGAUGACGGAUACGACCCUACUGCUGUUCUGGACUUUUUAUGGGCCUUGACAUGCAAUCCUAAGCUGUGGCAAGGCCGGGACAAGUUCACGCCGAAGCAUUACGUUCCUGAGAAUAUUCUGCUGUUGGAAGAACGACAGCUACUUAAUCUAGUGGCAUACCUAGUGUCCGAAGCCGUUAUUAUUUGUAAAAUGCAGAACAGAAAUGCCGCUUUAGCGAGGAUGGAUAUCAGGCUUGAUCUACUGUUACAUUGCAUAUCCACCGAAGACGGCCUGAUUUCUAAUGUGGUUAACUAUUUAGCGGGACGUAUGAUGGAUAAUGCUAACGUAGACUCAGCGGAUAUGGCACAUCAGUUUCUGUUGCAUAUGUACAUGAAGAUUCCGAAAGUCAUUUGCUACCUCAACACCUUCGAAGCGAGCAAGUUCGUAAACGGUUCGAGGAUAACCGAUUGGACGGGCUCGGUGCUCGAUUGCAUGAGCCACUCCUUGUUGACGGCUCUGGCGGCGACUCCGAGACAAAAGUCUUGGAAUUCCAAGUCUCAGGAAUUCGAACUCUGCGCGAGAAAAAUGGCUGCGGUGCAUCCUAUAUUGGUGUUGCGACAAUUGCCAAUGUUGGCGUCCUCCUUAAUGGGAAGAUGUUAUCUUGAUUUCGGUCAAUUUAGAUCCGGUCACCAUUUAAACCUUUUCUCGCAAGUUAUGGGUCUAUUAGAACUAUUGCAGCCGCAUCUGUUUAACGAGCAACACGAAACUGCGUUGGAGAAUACUUUGGAAAAUUACUUUCAAUGUUUUCAGUAUUAUGGACAUAUAAAAGAUCUCGUCUCCUUGCUCAACAGAUUUGUGUCAUUAUUACAGUCAUACAUAUCACAUGAUCCACAACGGGCACUGAAAUAUCUUCAGAAACACGCACAUGUUUUACAUGAGUUGCAGGUAAAUUAUUCUAACGUACCAGCUUUGAGAACACUCGUAUCAGGGAUACCGAUACCAAGGGAAGGAGAAGAUGUAGAUGAUAUUUUAAUCACUGUAACUCCUACACCAUAUCCCUCGGAACCCGCUAUUCCGCAACACUGGCAAUCGCUGCUGGCUACGCUCACCAAGCUGCACGGUGAAGAUGUACUCAGUGCACUUCAAGAGAUCGAGCACGUGUCGUCGCGAAAACCUUCAGUUUUAGAACCUAUAACGGACAACAUAGCCGAACUGCUUGUAUCGCCACAGGGCAACAUCAGAACGCUCGCUCACAAUCUACUCGCUAGAGCAUUGAAACAUCGUCCCGCAUCGAAAGCGAAUAUACUGUCCGCGUUUCAAAGAUGCUUGGACAGUCACAGAGCGGAUGUUCUUAUGUCAGCUUUAGAAAAACUACCGGAUAUCGUGUUGUGCAUGCAAGAACAUGCUUUACCGUUGAUGCAGAGGGUGUUCAAGUUAGGGGUAAAUUCAAGCGUCAAUACGAUACCUUACAUCACUAAGACUAUUGCUCUGUUAAAUACACAGCAAGGUUGUUAAUAUGUUAGUCUAUUAGUUCUGUAAAUAUUACGCAUAAUAUACGCAUAAGACUUUUUUUUACAAUUAAAAUAGAA